AGAUGGCAGUAACGCGUACUUUAAAGCUUUUACAUUUACCAUCAAAUCAAGCUGGUGUUGUUAGGGUUUCUACAUGUAUCCUAGUGAUUAAUUGUGUAAAUGUACGAAAAUGGGAUUCUUGCUAACCGUCGAGCUAACCUAAAAGCCGUCGGGAUAUGGCUAAAAUAACAGUUCGGGGGCGGUAGGACACAUAAUGUCUUAACGUCCCCAGCUAGCUUAGCCGGGGAACAAGAUGCUGCUGAAGAUGAAGCUGCUGAAAACCACCGACUACAUAGAGCUGGGCAGCUACCAGCACUGGCCGGUGCUGCUGCCACACAGGAUCCGGCUGUACACCUACGAACAAAUUCCCCUCUUCCUCAAAGAAAACCCCUACAUCACAGACGGCUACAGGGCCCACCUGACCUCCAAACUCUGUCUGAAGAGUAUAUUUAUUCUAUCUAAUGAGACUGUGAACAUCUGGAGCCACCUUCUUGGAUUCAUCCUUUUUUUCUCUCUCGGGGUCAAUGACCUCUCCUCAGUAUUACCAGCUGCUGGUGCAAACAGGGAGGACUACGUCAUCUAUGCUAUAGGACUCUUCUGCUUCCAGGUCUGCAUGCUGUGCUCAGUGGGCUACCACCUGUUCUCGUGCCACCGCUCAGAAAAGACCUGCCGCCGCUGGCUGGCGCUGGAUUACGCCGGCAUAUCUGUGGGCAUCCUGGGCUGUUAUGUUCCUGGGAUCUUCUACGCUUUCUACUGUAAUGCUUUCUGGCGGCAGGUCUACUUGCUGACCGUGCUCUCCUUGAUCCUGGCCGUCUUCUGCGCUCAGGUCCAUCCUCGUUACCUCAGCAACGACUGGAAGGUUAUAAGGAUGUCGAUCUUCUGCUGCGUGGCAGGCAUUGGGGUGAUUCCUGCCUGCCACUGGAUCUGGCUGAGUGAAGGGUUUGCAUCUGAUAUUGUGCAGCUGUUCCUGCCUCGUGUGAUCGGAAUGUACCUGAUAGCUGGAUCUGCGUUCCUGUUCUAUGCCACCAAAAUACCAGAGCGCUAUUUUCCUGGUCAGGUGAACUAUAUCGGCGCCAGCCACCAACUGUGGCACAUACUGGUGGUGCUGAUGUUUUACUGGUGGCAUCAGACGGCUGUUGGUAUCAUGGACUUCAGACACAGCCGGCCCUGUCUCACCUGGUCUAACGGCAGAUAAGUGAACCCAGGCUGAAGCAUCACAUACUGUAAACGCAUGAUGCCUGUGAUGCUGACGCUGGUUAUUAUUACAUGCUGUCAGAGUCCCCUCACAGUGGCUUUAGAACGGUAAAUGAAAAAAAAAAAACGUAUCAAUGCAUGGAGCUGAAAUGUUUAAUGUUUUAUAGAAACAAACCUAAUAUUUUGAAAUGAUAUCAUUCUUGGGUUGGUUUAUUUAUUUUAUUGUGCAGAGGCAUUCAGAUAAUGGGAUCGAUUUGGAUCAAAUAUGGUUGCCUGCAUGAAAUCUGCCUUUUUCCUUAUGCAUUAUUUUAAUCUAUCUGUAUGAAAUGAAUACUGUUGUUUUUAUAAGUGUUAUUUUUUUUUAAAAAGGGUAGUGAGCAGAUACAAAUAGGAAUAGACAGGAUAUGCUGUUGGAUGUACUCAAACUUGUGGGAACUUUUUUUCCCGUUUAGUGCUUCUUUUUGUUCAUGUUUCUCUCAUGGAAAAGGAAAUCAGCAGUGAUGGCAUUAAAUCCAAAACCAUUGCUUUAGUUAAAAUUAAUAUUUUUAUACUUGAAGCUACCCUCUCAGGCUAAAUCUUGAGCAGCAGAGCCAAUCCCAGAGCACAGAGACCCCAAUCUUCCUACUCUCACUGAUAAUCAAACCAGCCUUUGAUGCUAUCAUAUAGGUUUUCAUUUAGCUUCACAUUUUUUUUUAUUUAUUCAUUAUUUUUGUUUCAAAAUGCAGCUAUAAGGAAGAAAUCAGAAUGAAUUAUCACACUUGGGCAAUAAAGGACGACAUGUGGAGAGAAGCCUGUUAGCAUUAGAGAAUUACUGGGUUUACAUUGUUCCUCCAAUAAACAAGUGUUCAUUUUCUUUAUCCUCUACCACCAAGUGUGUAAUGAUGUAAUAUGUAAUAUGAUUUUUUUUGUGCAUGAAGGACUGAAUGAAAUAGACCUUUAGCAACUAAUCAUAUUGAAUAAUAUAGGAAUUGAACUGGUUUUUGUUUUUUGUUUUUUUUUUUUCAAAGCAUGUUAGCACUUUAUGUGCAAUUGUCUAAUAUUUUUCCAGGCACCUUAGUCAUCCAUCUUUCUGAGUAUGAUUUUUAAACUCCAAAGAAUUGGUUUUAAGAUUGGUCAAAGUU